AUGGUGGCUGUUUACAGGCCUCGGGGCAGGCGAACCUGGGCAGACCCAAGCCCCGGCCUGAGGCCACCGUCGCUGCGCUGUAACGACUCUGCAGCGGCGGCGCGACAGCGAUCGGCAGUGGAAGCCAAGUCCCGGGGCAUCUCUCUUCUAGCUAGGGGGCAUUCUUCUUUGGAUAACUGGGACUUCUCACCUUUGGUAUCACUUUGGAUAAACAGAUUUUACAUAUAUUUGGGUUUUGCCUUUGGCAUUAGUCUUUGGAUUUGUGUCCAGAUUGUCAUCAAGAAGCAGGACAAGAACUCACAGGAGAAAUCUGUCCCACGAGUCUCUUGGGAUCUGAUGACCAAUGAUUCUGACUCCUGUCCAAAGAAGGAGGUCUUUGUGUCUGGAGUGAAGAUUUUCUAUGGUUCCCAGACGGGAACUGCAAAGGGAUUCGCAGCAAUUCUUGGUGAAGCAGUUGCAUCCCUCGAUCUGCCUGUGACAAUCACAAAUCUGAAAGACUAUGAUCCAGAGGACCAUCUGCUGGAAGAGGCUACGAGUAAAACCGUUUGUGCCUUUCUGGUUGCUACGUACACGGAUGGGCAGCCCCCUGAGAGUGCUGAGUGGUUCUGCAGAUGGUUGGAGGAAGCAGCAAGUGAUUUUCGGUUCGGCAGAACUUACCUGAAGGGUCUGAGAUAUGCAGUGUUUGGCCUGGGAAAUUCAGCCUACACGAGCCAUUUCAACAAGGUGGGCAGGAACGUGGAUAGGUGCCUGUGGUUGCUCGGCGCCCGCCGUGUACUGAGCCGAGGGGAAGGCGACUGUGACGUGGCCCGGAGCAGACAUGGCAGCAUCGAAGCCGACUUCAGCGCCUGGAAGACCGAGCUCACCUCCCGGCUGCAGGAGCUCCGACAAGGACACAAGAGACUGUGUGGCAGCAACUGCCAGAAAGGGAAACGUGGGUCCUCCGGCCAGCACGGCACAGACAGGCGAGAAGGUUCUCCCCACAGAGGCGCCGAGGUGGAGGAGCCCUUGGAGAACAGCAGUGAGGAAGAGUGUGGCCCUGAGGCCCGCCAGAGUCUGAAUCCUGUCCUUGAUGUUGAGGAUCUCGGCGACAUUGUGGAUCGUAUGAAGAAAGAAAAGAGAGAAACGGAGCAGUGGAAAGAGAAGAGCCGCUUGCUGGGGAGCGUGGGGAAGAAGGCCGACAGCGAGAGGAGGACGAUGAUAACGCCUGCUCUCCGAGACGCCCUCACUAAACAAGGAUAUCAAUUGAUUGGAAGCCACUCCGGGGUGAAGCUUUGCAGGUGGACUAAGUCAAUGCUCCGAGGGAGAGGAGGUUGCUAUAAGCACACGUUUUAUGGCAUCGAAAGCCAUCGCUGUAUGGAGACCACUCCGAGCUUGGCCUGUGCAAAUAAAUGCGUCUUCUGUUGGAGGCACCACACCAAUCCGGUGGGCACUGAAUGGCGGUGGAAGAUGGACCAGCCUGAUAUGAUCUUACAAGAAGCCAUAGAAAACCAUCAGAACAUGAUUAAGCAGUUUAAAGGGGUACCAGGUGUCCGAGCCGAACGCUUCGAGGAAGGAAUGAGUGUCAAGCAUUGUGCGUUAUCCUUGGUGGGAGAACCCAUCAUGUACCCAGAAAUCAAUAGGUUUCUGGUGCUCCUCCACCAGCAUAAAAUCUCCAGCUUCCUGGUCACAAACGCGCAGUUCCCGGAGGAAAUCAGGAACCUCAAACCAGUAACCCAGCUGUACGUAAGUGUGGAUGCUAGCACCAAAGACAGUCUGAAGAAAAUCGACCGCCCACUCUUCAAGGAUUUCUGGCAACGAUUCCUCGACAGUUUGAAAGCGUUAGCCGAAAAGCAACAACGGACGGUCUAUAGGCUGACGCUGGUGAAAGCCUGGAACGUGGAUGAGUUACAGGCCUACGCGCAUCUGGUGUCCCUCGGGAAUCCCGACUUCAUCGAAGUCAAGGGCGUUACCUACUGUGGAGAAAGUUCCGCCAGCAGCCUGACCAUGGCCAAUGUGCCCUGGCAUGAGGAAGUGGUGCGUUUUGUCCAUGAGCUGGUGGAUCUGCUCCCGGACUACGGUGUCGCAUGCGAGCACGAACACUCCAACUGCCUCCUGAUAGCGCACAAAAAGUUCAAGAUUGACACAGAAUGGUGGACGUGGAUCGAUUAUCAGCGCUUCCAGGAGCUCAUCCAAGAAUAUGAAAAUAGCGGUGGAUCAAAAACUUUCAGCGCGAAGGAUUAUAUGGCCAAAACCCCUCAGUGGGCGUUAUUUGGGGCCCAUGAAAGAGGCUUUGAUCCCAAGGACACGAGAUAUCAGAGGAAGAACAGAUCAAAGGAUAUUUCUGGAUGUUGA